GAACAAGUAGAACUACCAGCUACAUAGUUCCGUCUCUCUCUAAGGCUUAGACACGUCAAACGGGCGGGCUAUCUAUCACCCAAAGUUUAUUCGUUUGACGAACGCUUUUGCGGUGAGGCGAGUCAAGACCGCGUCGGCCAGUGUUAAACUCAUGUUGUGUUUGAAUUUUUAAAAAUGGAAUCGAAAUUCAAAAAUAAUUUCAAAGAGUCUCUAACGUUGCAAGACUGUGAGAAGCCUUUGACGACCCCGUUUUCUAUAAACGAUAUUUUGACCAAAGAGAAUGAAGGGAAGUGUGAUUUUGAAAAUGGAAUGUUUUGUUCGGACAAUUUUGGCGGGAAGAUGAACUUUUUGGGGAAGGCGGGUGGAUGUUUUGGGAAGGAAGAUGGUUAUGUGAAGAAGGAAGGUUUGGAGAAGGGGAUGAAGUACUACGAUGACUGCAAUGGCUACAGGGACUUUGGUGGUGAUGCAGCGCUCGAUAUGUCGCGGAAGAAUAAUUAUCCUGUCACGGAACUAUCAGAUGACUACGACUCCCGUUCCUCAACGACCGGCUCACCACUCCGACGCGCCAACUCCUCACCCAACUCCGACAUCGCCUACAAACCCUUCAGCCUCCACUACGACCAGAGAAAGUGCUCCACACCAACCAACGAGACCCGAAUGAUGCACUCCCCAAGCUAUAACAUUACGGAAUACUCGCAAAAUGGCGGACGAAAAAAGAGGUCUAGAGCCGCAUUCUCUCACGCUCAAGUCUACGAGCUAGAAAGAAGAUUUAGUCAACAAAGAUACCUGUCUGGUCCAGAAAGAGCUGAUUUAGCAGUCAGCUUGAAACUCACAGAAACACAAGUGAAGAUUUGGUUUCAGAACCGACGGUAUAAGACCAAGAGAAAACAGCUACAGAUGCAGGAAAAUGGUAUGUUGGCUGCAGCCGCUGCUGCGGCCAAUCAUGCCAGAAAAGUGGCUGUGAAAGUCUUGGUCAAUAACAAUGGACAGCCAACUAUACCAGAUUUGAAAGCCUACCAGAACCCAAUGUUAGGGAAGACGUUGAAUCCGCUAUUUACGCCGCCAAACCUACUAGAAAGUUCGCCGAUAUUGAAGCAUUUUGCGGGAGUUUACGGCGUUGAUUUCGCAAAGAAUCCUGAGUACAAAGCUUUAUUGCAAGAGUCUUACAACCAAGCAGUUUUACAGUCUCUAUAUGGCCCUCAUUUAGGCGUGAAUUACCCUAACUUACCACUUCCAUAUAUGUAUUAUCCUGGCCAAUCAGCGUUCGGCAUGCCCGUGCCUUGUGACGUGGACCGAAGUCCAGUGGAACGACAGGAAAGCAAAGAAUUUUCUGAUGAAAAAGAAAAAGAGAAGGUAGAAGUGAAACCAAAAACUCAUAUCGAUUUGAACGAGAAUAGUAACGAGAGUAUGGCCAGUAAUAUUGAAAUCGAAAAUUGAUUGUUGUUAAGAAAUGUUAUGAAUAUUUGAAUCCAUAGAAAGUCAUGUGGAUUGUCAAAGAGAGAAUUCUGUAGUUCCUUGUUAUUAUUUUGUAUAUCAAUGGUUCUCACCACACUUAAUGGCGGCUCGGAAAAACGCGCGAAAUGCUGUAGGUACAGAAACCAUUUUUAGUUAUCAGUGAAGAUUUUAAGUUGCGAGAUCCACAUGCUCGGAAUUUAGUAACGGUUCGGGUUUAGUUUGGCGAGAACUAUUCCUAAAUACAUAAUUCUGAACUAUUUCUACAUAACACCCACUACGUGGGUAACAAACUUAUUUCUCGGACAGAUUCAUUGAAAAGCUUCUCUUCAGAUUUGAAUUUAGAAUCCCCGUUUUAGAACCAUUUUUAAAAGUAAAAAGAGUAGGUGUUGCAAUUUGAUAAUAAAAUAUUGAAGUUACUCGAACUUUUUGGAAUGUACUUAAGAUUUUUUUUAUGUGGCAAUAAAAAACCAAAGAUGGAGUUAAUAUUAGCCAAAGCACGUAGUUAGUAGAAUUGUUACUGUUUAGACUUUAUUGUAAAUAGAUAAUAUUUAAGGUUUUAGUAAUUGUUUUAAUAGUUUAAUUCAUUGGCACGUUUGUAAAUAGUACAAAAGUAGAAGUUAAGACAGCUUAAUAAAAGUGCAAUAAAGAUUAUGGCGAAUUA